AUGCUGUUCUGCAUUGUAGUUGCCUCACUAUUCUUCAAUAUUUUCCUUGUCAACUUCAUCACUUGUGAUGGCAUAUUCUAUCUUCAACGAGUUCCAUCGUCAUGUGUUCAAACUACUGUCGCCAUGACACAAGACAACACCACCACUACCGACUAUCCAACCACGAAUCAAACAUUCUAUGCACAAAUAGCUGCAUUAACUGUUCUAGGAACCAUCGACAAUCGUGACUUGAACUAUCAUUGUCCACCAUCGGGCUACAACGGCGUUGCACCAGGGUGUGCUACACAGAACAACACUCAUUUAGUCGUUUUGCACAUCAACGCUCUGGAUAAUAAGUUAUAUUCAAUCAAUGUCAUCCUUUCGGGAACACCUUUUCCUUCACCUUCAUCUCUUGUCGACAAUCAACCUCCGUUUGGUACUGCACGACACGUUUUCUAUGGAGGAAUUCCAACUCAAUCCACUGACUAUUUGAAGAUUUGCAAAAGAAAUAGCACCACUCAAUGUCCUAAUAACGAUAUCAGUGCACACGCAUUAGCCAAUCCUUUCCCAAGCAACACAGGCUACGGAAUCUUCGGCAUCAAAAGGUAUGAUUUUGUGACGAAUUCAGUAUGGAUUAUGGAUGAUGUUAAUCAAAUACUCAUCUGCACUGCAGGAACGAAAUACUAUUAUUUCAACGCGAGUGGCUUUUUCUUGUAUGACUACACAUCGAACACAUGCAUCUGGUCGUCAGCAUGUAAUUACCAAUGUGAAGUUUAUAAUUACAACUCUCGAUUUUUGGACUAUGCUGGUGAAUGGGUGAUCACGAAGAAAUGGGGCGUUGGAGAUAUGAAACCAGUCGCUGCACAAGCGUGGAUAGGUAACGCCAUCGACGCUGCUGGUAUCUUUCCUGUUAUAUUGUACAUCGACAAUGCGACAGGUCAUUACAUUGGAUUAGACAAAAUUGAUGAAAUUCCGGCGUCGAACAUGGGUGCCUCGUAUUGGUAUACAGCACAUGAUGAUACAAUUACUGGAGAAAGUGUUUUGAAGUAUCAUCCGAAUGUCGUCGAUGUUGGGUGUGUGAGUCGAUUACGUGAUUGGUCUGGCCCAAUUAGUGAUGAUGAAAUGGUCAUGACAUCGAAAGAUAUUCGACUGAUUCUCUGGACAGCAUUGUUUCUGUACUUCUUUGUCGCCUAG